CUCCGCAUACCAAAAGACACCGCCUCGCCUGUCUGUGAGUUUCAUGUCGCAGUAAUCUUUGGCCCAGACAUCAACAGUCGAUCUUUCACGCUCACCCUGAUCGGCCGUCAGCGUGAUCAUCAUACGCUGAAUCACCCUUGAAUAAUCCUACGAUCAAAGUGACCGGACGAACGUUGCGGUUACCGUAACACGAAUCAUCUCUGAGAAGCGGCGUCUUAUAGUCACUGGCUAGUCUUCCUACCUACUCAACGCUGCCACAAAGUUGCAAACACCAAAACGACUAUCGCAUUACAGUACCUCGGAACAAAACGUCGUCAUGGUCUACUGCGGGAAGCCCUCUAGGGGCUGUCAGAUGUGUCGUACUCGAAGGAUAAAGUGCGACGAGACGAAGCCAACAUGUAACCAAUGCGCCAAGUCACGCCGCCAAUGUCCCGGCUACAAGGACGAGUUCGAUCUUGUCUUUCGGAAUGAGACCAAAGCAACAGAGAGAAGAGCGCAGAAGGCGAACCGAAAGGCCCUCGCCCAGAAAGAAAAGGAUCUCGACUCGCCGACAUCAGGCUCAGACAAGAGCAUCUCACCUACGUUCAAGAAGGAGAUUGAUUCGCCUGCAGCCGUCAGCCCUGGCCUGAACGUCCCAGUCGAACAAAUGGCUAGCUGCCACUUCGUCGCCAACUACGUCUUGCUACCAAGGCAGGGCAGCACACGUGGGUUCAUGGAGUACCUUUUGCCGCUGUUGAAGGUCGAUCAAGGGAACCACCACCUGCAACAUGCGUUCAACGCAUGUGCGCUGGCAUCACUAGGAAACCGGCCGAACGCUGCGGCGACACAACUGAGCGAGAAAGCACUUGGUCACUACACCAAAGCACUGGCAGAGACACACAUCGCCCUGAAAGAUCCCGACCAGUCAAAAUCAGACGCCACACUCGCUUCCGUUCUUAUGCUGGGUCUGUUCGAAAACAUGACUGCUCGGCAGAUGGGAAUGUUUGCCUGGGGCUCACACAUUGAAGGUGCCAUUCAACUAGUAAAGGCUCGCGGUCGCAAGCAACUCAGAACCAAGACGGGCCUCCUGCUCUUCAUCGCCGUCCGGACACAGAUGAUCAUCCACACUCUCAGCACGGGUACAGCACCAAUCAUGGGUGUGGAAUGGUGGCUAAGCGAUGCCGUCAAGGACGAGUCAGCCGCCCAGUGUCAGAGACUUAACAUCAAGACGGCUGAGCUGCGCGCCGAGGUCACAAGAUUGAUGUCAACGGUGGCCCGAAGCCCGGAGAAUAUUGACAUUAUGCUCGACAUGAUACGCCGGGCUCAGACUGUCGACCAAGAACUCAUGAGCUGGAUGAGGAACACGCCAGAUUACUUCCAGUACACGACGGUAGCAUGGGAGGACAACGUCCCCAACGGAGACUACGCAAAGGCGGAAGUGUUCCCUGGUCGUGUGGACGUCUAUCAAGACUUCUGGAUCGCGAGUGUUUGGAACAUGGCAAGAGUGUCCCGCCUCAUUCUCGCGUCCGUCAUUGUGCGCUGUGCCGCUUGGGUCUGCUCACCAGUGGACUACCGCACAACGCCCGAAUACGCCACGGCGGCCCGUACGUGUGUAGACACCAUCAGCGACAUUAUCGCCUCAGUACCGUACCACCUCGGAUGGCAUCUCAAGAGGCCCGAAUUGCUCGAACGGGCAAACAUCUCAGGCUUUGCCUGUGGUCUAGAGGAAUCACAAAAGGGUCUUCCCGGAUACUUCCUCACCUGGCCUCUGGCGUGCUUGCACGGGCAGGACUACACGACAGACGCCCAACGAGCCUGGGUUGUUGGACGGUUGAAGUUCAUCGGUGAUGAGCUCGGUGUUAAGUACGCCCAUAUUCUGUCGCAGAUGCAAGUCCGUAUUCCCUCCAUGCUCAUCAGGAGAGACGGCCUCAUGGCCCAGCCGUAUCCGCAGGCCCACAACUUUGAGAAGCUGCUCUCUGCGCGCUUCGCGCCGCCGUCCGCGGGCUACUCCAUGAACCCUCUGCAGCAACGCGAGGCCAUGCAAAAGGAGUUUGUCGAAAAGCACAAGGCCGAGCUGCUCGCCAAGGCCACGGGCACCGCGGGCCAGGCCGGCCAGUGGGUAGCGCAAAACUGGUUGACGGUGCGUCCGGGCGCUCAGUGAGUUUCUUUUGAAUUCCUGGAGUGCAAACGAGGUUGGACGAGUUACGCCUUUAUCUAUGACCAUUAUCUCCCUGGCAUUUCCUACCUAUGGAUAUACCCACGCACACACCCAAAUGUGCUCUUUAUCUGCAACGUACUAGGAGAGAUUCGUCUGGGAUAUGCGGAUCGGGAAAAAUGUGGGAUUCGAUGUUGCGCAUCAUUUUGGUAGUGACGAGGGAGAAGCACAAAAAUGGGUUCGCAGGUCGCUCAGCUUCGUAACCGUGUAAAAGGCAGCAGAGCGUGGGUCUCGGCCUGGAGAAGGGGAUCUUGAUACCACGGCGUUUUCCCAGGAGGAGGACAUUUGUUGUUGUUUCCGUUGGCUUUAGCUUCAAGGUUGAUA